CGCGCAGCAGUGAGAAAGAGUAAAGUUGCUGUGCCUGCAAAACGCUAUUCCUGCUAUCGCGUUACGACAACGACAAACCGCGAUCGGUUCCCACACAAGUGUCUGGCGCGUUGCGCUUUAUUAGUUAUGAAAAAGGCCUUUAAUUGACUUUAAUUUUAUUUUUUAACUGUGUACCUUAGUGAUGUGACUAUAAAUAGUGGCCUUAUACGUGUUAUUUUGUUUGGAAUUAAGCGUUUUUAAGCUCUGAAUAAAAGAUGUAUCAAGGAAUAAGCAACGGAAACGCGCCUAAAUUUCAGCGCACUGGUAGCCAGAUCUGCGCCAGUCCAGAAGACGAGCUCAUUGCAGCGGUACUUGAAAAUAACUCCGCAAAAAUCGAACAACUAAUUCGUCGCAAUGAAACAUUGCUCAGCUACACUUAUCCGGACUACAAUAAGCGAAUUCUGUUGAUCGCUUGUUCAGAAGAAACAGUUAAUGCGUCCACUGUGGAAACAUUACUGAAACUGAACGCUAAUCCAAGGGACCGUACUGAGGAUAAUGGAUGGGAGGCCAUUCAUUGGGCUUGCCAGAAAACUGACUAUGGAACCGUUAAUGCAUUGCUGAGAAGGAAUCCUGGGGAUAUUAAUGUCGUUGAUAGUUAUGGAAAUAAUUCUCUUCAAAUUCUAAUUCGCCAUGGAAACAAAGACAGUCCAGAUUUCAUAAAAUGUGCCAGUCUCUUAAUUAAUACGGGAAUCGACGUCAACCAUGUCGAUAAUAAAAAUAAGACCGCUUUAUAUUGGGCUGAAAAAAAGAAAAUCGGUGACCGUAUCCGUAGCAUAAUAGACGCCAAAUCCGAGCCAAUUAAUAACAACUCGCGACAAAACAUUAAAAACGACAUAUCAGUGCUGCUGGAUUACCUUAGGCAAGGAAGAGAAGAAGACUUUAUAAACUGCUUUCAAGAUGACUGUUUGGUGGAUAGUGGUGACGAUAGUAGCACGUUGCUUCAAAUAUGUUGCAAACGUGGUAUGGCAAAAGCGGUACAACAUCUUCUUAAUAACGGAGCCGAUCCCAACAAAACAGGAAAUAAAGACUUAACCAAACCGGUAAUCGUUGCUGCAGAACAUGGAUACAGCGAAAUUUUAAAACUUUUACUGGAUAAAUACGAUAAUAUUUUAGUAAUACCCGAGGGACUUUUGGGACUUAUUCUGCAAGACAUUGAUAGAGAACACCAUGAUAAUCGGGGGUGCUACAAAGUGUUUAUGGAUAAACUUAGAGGUAGUAAUCCUGAUGAGGUAUCCAUAAAGCUUAAUGAACCGGAUUGUAAAAAUAAUACUCCCUUACAUUAUGCCAUUAGGUAUGGUGAUAAAGAAAUAACUGAAGAGCUUCUAAGCCUAGGAGCUUCAUUGGGUGCGAAAAACAAAUAUGGCAUAAUGCCUGUUCAGGAUAUCGAACCGGAAACGUUGAAGCAACAUUUGGAUAAUUGCGUCCAGUUUGACUUAAAGAGCAAGAAGAUAGAGAAGGAAGGUUUUCAGGUGAAGUUUAAUUACCGGUCCAUAAUACCACCAUAUGCAAAAUCGUCAUUUAAUGAGCAAGUUACUUAUAAGGAUCCAGAGGCGGCAGGGAUAACUGCAAGCGUACAAAAGUCUUUGGUGGCCGAAACGGAGGUGAUAUUCUUCAUGAGCCAGACGUCCGAAUUCAAACAUCUAUUGAAGCACCCAGUAAUCGUCAGUUUUCUGUUCAUGAAAUGGCUUCGUGUACAAUGGUUAUUUUGGGCCAAUCUUAUUUUCUACAUAACUUUCGCCCUCUCACUUGUAGUUUAUAUAUUUUGCGAUUACGCUUACUUUUCGCCAGAAGGAAAGUCCGUUUUUCAAGUUUUAUUCGCAACGUUAUCUUACGCCGUUCUAGUUAUAACACUUAUAAUACUUAUGUUUAGGGAACUCUUUCAGAUAUGUGUGGCACCAACAAAGUAUUUAACGAAUUUUGAAAACUACAUCGAAAUAGCUUUGAUUAUUUUAACAUCUUUUAUAGUGUUUAAGAGUGGGUCUUCUGAGGGUACUAGAAAGCAGCUUUCAUCACUAGCGAUACUGUUUGCAGCGUUUGAGUUGGUGUUAAUGCUAGGACAACAUCCAUAUUUUUCCACAAAUGUGGUCAUGCUUAAAACGGUCUCUUUUAAUUUUUUUAAGUUUCUUAUUUGGUAUUCGUUGUUAAUUAUUGCGUUUGCUUUAAGCUUCUAUCUACUCUUUACCCCUACAGAUAAAGUGAAUGUAAGAAUCAGCAGAGCCGAAAAUAAUGACUCAGCGGUUGCUACUAAUGACGACGAAGAUGAAUCCUUCGUUAAUCCAGGAAAGUCUUUAUUUAAAACGAUUAUAAUGUUGACUGGAGAAUUUGACGCAAGCAGUAUUAAUUUUGAUAAUGAUCCCUACGUAAGCAAAUUUAUUUUCGCCCUAUUUAUUUUUAUGAUUGCAAUCAUUUUAUUGAACCUACUUAAUGGUUUGGCUGUAAGUGAUACGCAAAUGAUUAAAAAUGAUGCCGAAUUAGUAGGGCAUAUAGCAAGGGCGGAGCACAUUAGAUACGUUGAAAGCAUGUUAAUCGGUAACAUAAUUCCUGUAAACGUAAUGAAGAAACUUAAUGAUGUUUGCUGUUGCAUUCCGAAUUUUAAAAGCUGCAAUAUCGGCAUGUGUAACAGGUUGUCUAGAAAUACUUGUUUGUUUCCUAAAUAUCUUAAUUAUGAAUUAAUAUUUUAUCCAAACAAAUAUGGCCAAGUGGAGUAUUUUACAGAAGAUAAGAGAUUGAGAAAAAGCUGUGUACCCUGUGCAACAAUUUGUUUAGAUAGGGAAACUGUCAGGAGGACAAAUAGUAUCGUUCUAGCAAGACGCGAUGACGUGGAAAAAAAUGAGGAUUUUAGGUUGCAAAGGCUUGAGGACGCACUUGCAACACUACAAGUGCAAUUGGAUAAGGUACUGGACAGAUUAGGGGCUGGGAAAUGCUGAUUUAUUAAGUGUGUUAUAUUAAUUUGUAUUGUGUUAUUGUUAAGGUUUAAUUAUUUUAAUUCGUUUCUUUUUUUAAUUAGAGGAGUAAACUAUAUUUUACGAAAUUAAAUGUUUGUACAUGAAGAUCAAAAAAAGUAUUUUUUCUCAAGCAAUUAUUUUCUGCAAAAAAAAACGAUUUUCAUUAACCGUACCCUUCAUGUAAAUCAAGUGUCAAUUUUUUUUAAAUGCCGAAUUUUCUCCCUUUUGUAAACAGAAUCGUAUAUGAUAUACGUAUAUUCUACAGUUUAAUACAGUUAUGGUUCUUCCUUGAUGGCGAAAUGUAAAAACUGCUCCUUUUAAUCCACUUUCGAUUGAUCCAACACUUGGGAUAAUUUAAAUGUUGAUCCUAUGAAGUUAACUUAAGUAAUUUUUAAAUUUGCUACAGUGCAGAAGUAUAUCACUAAACAGUAAAACUGUGAUGCCAUAACCUCUGUUAUUUAUAAUUAAUUUCGUGAUAUUAAUAAGACAACUAAAUUCAUAGUUAAAAAAAAACUAUUUUGAUUAUAAUUGCUAUAAUUUUAGUAUAAGUUUGUUUUAAAUUAAGGUAACUAAUGUACGUCCUAUAUUAUUAUUACUUAUUUAUUAUUAAGCUUUUAUAAUAAAUCAUUCAAUGAA